AUGAUUACUAUAAACCGCUUUUUAACAAUAAAAUAUCCAAAUAAAAGAUUUUUUCAAAGAAGAACAUGGCCUUUUAUAUCAUCCGGUAUACAAUGGAUAAUAUCUAUUCUAAUACCAGUACCUUAUCUUAUUUAUUUAGUUGAGGGAUGUGCACGUCAAGAGCAAACACCAUAUUGGUUACAAAUCUAUUCCUUUGUUAUUUUUAUCAUUGUACCAUUGAUUCUCAAUGCAAUUUCUAAUUCAUUGAUAUUUAUUACUGUUCGAUCUUCGAGCCGACGUGUUGCUCAAGCAGUAGCAGCAACCACAGGCCCAACGGCUAAAAUCAAUCAUUCAAGUAGUCGAGAUACUCGUUUACUUAAGCAUAUGCUUUUUAUUUUUGUUGCGUACAUAAUUGGAUGGUUACCUGUUUCUUGUAUUUUACUUUUGAAUGUGGAUGUUUAUGUAAAUUUAACUGUUUCUCAAUUCUUACGAUUGUUACCUGUAAUUAGUUCAUUCAUCACUAUAUUCGAUUUGUUCUUCUAUAAUCGUGAUCUAACAAAAUAUCUUACAGAAAAUUUUUUUAAAUAUUUACAUAUAAAAUAA